AAACCUUACGAAUAUGGCCGCCCGUCCAAACUCUUACCAGGGUGUGCACGAAGGACUAUAUAUUCAAAAAUUUCGAUAUAAAGGUGGAAAAAGGAAUUCCCAUAAUGAUACCCGUCACAGCGUUGCACCACGACCCCGAAUACUGGCCCGAUCCAGAUCGAUGGGAUCCGGAUCGGUUCAGCGAAGAGAACAAGCAAAACAGACAACUGUUGACUUACCUUCCGUUUGGAGAUGGUCCUCGAAACUGUAUAGGGUUGCGAUUCGGACUCCUACAGACGAAAAUCGCCUUGAUAACGGUGCUCAGUAACUACAGGGUUACCUUGAGUCCACAAACCGUCACACCUCUGGGCAGGGACCCAGAAACAUUCGUUCUUACCACUAAGAACAGGAUAUAUCGGCGUCUGGAAAGGGUCUAGGUCUAGAAUAUACAGUCAGGCGACGCUGUGACACUACUACUACAUAUAAUUUAGGUCUGUUGGGAAAAGUACUACAAAAGUAAA